UGACCACUCGACUGCAAAACGGAGUCAACAAAGUAUAAGAUAGAAAUAGACGCUAGUGAACUUCCAGCCAAGGGAUAGAUAUAAGUUUUACAAAAUGUUUUUAAAAGAAAUUGGUACGAAAGAUUUCUGGAUCUGCAUGGCAGCUGAAUUUCUUGCGACGUUCUUCUUCGUGUUCUUGACGACUGGUUCAGCGAUAACCUGGGAUCCUAGCCGUCCACCAACCAUUGAACACAUCUCGCUGUCAUUUGGUCUUAGCAUCUCUACCUUAGCCAUGUCGAUACUCCACAUUAGUGGGGGUCUCAUCAACCCUGCUGUUAGCGUCGCACAAGUCGUUACUCGAAAAAUCUCUCCACUCCGUGGCUUAUUCUACAUAAUAGUCCAGGUUGGAGGAGGUAUAGCAGGAUCAGCUAUGCUCUAUGGCCUUACACCGUCAAGUAAGCGAGGAACUCUAGGAGCUACAGUCCCAUCASYAGGUGUCUCUACAGGUCAGGCUGUUGGGAUCGAAUUCGUGUUAACAUUCUUGUUGGUGUUGACGGUGUUUGCCUGUACUGAUCCCAGGCGUCAACAUUAUGGCUAUGAGGUCCCUUUGGCUAUUGGAUUUUGUGUGACUGUCUGUCAUYUGGUUGGGAUUCGUUUUACUGGUUGUGGAAUCAAUCCGGCACGAUCCAUGGGUCCCGCUGUCAUCAUGAAUAUCUGGACUGAUCACUGGAUUUACUGGGCUGGACCGAUUGGUGGAGGGACCGUUGCUGGAGUACUUUAUCAGUUGGUAUUCCGUGCCCGAGAAGAACAGGGAUCAAUUACUACACCUGCUGACAUUGUUUUAAGUAACAUUACUCCUACAAACCAUCUGAAUUGAAUUUUUUAAAGACGAUAGGCCUAGACCAUAUCCGAAUAAGCUUUAUUUAUCAAAGCGUAGGAUGUGAAUAGGAUAGGUUUCAAUUUAUUUUAAUUUAUUGUGUUAGCAAAAGUCAAAACUUUAUCUCUGUCAUACCAAAAAUAGACCCCUUGCAUGUGACGUCAAAGCAGCUCGAUCGGGGUUACAAAAGAAAAGAAUUUCUGAUUUUCUUCCGUUCUCGGUAAUUAAACUCGUCCUUGAGCCUGAAUAGGCUAUUGACCCAUAGGCCAUGAGGGCGAGAGAACUAAUUGUUUUAAGUGAAAUCCAACUAGUUGGUCAAAURUAUAUAUAGAUAAGAGAAUAUGAAUGAAGAGAAGAAACGCCCGCGCCCCAUCAUGAGCCUAACCCUAACCUCUUUGAGGCUAUUUUUAGAUUCUUUGAUGCUAUUUUUAGAAACUUUCAUUUUGAAAUAUAGAUGCAAAUAAUUUUGAAUUAAAGUUAAAUUUAAUGUUUUAGUUUUCAAACCCGGCGCUUUUUUGUCUAGUACGAUAUAACUUAUAGGUCUUAUAUCUGUCUUAUAGCCUAGUAACCUAGUAGUAGCUCAUCCAAUCAGAACGCAGCAUUGAUAAUAGAUCAUUGUUGGAUUUUUAGUUGGAUUUGACUAAUACUUAUUGUAUGAUUGACGUGGUUUUCCUUGUCAUACGUAGGUUAUUAUCAAUACCAUAUUUUCCGGCGGCUUUAGAUGAAGCCCACUUUCCCCGAGAGUUAAACCUAGAAAUUUUGUGCUUUAGCUCUUUAAUUUGAAGUCCAUUACCAUUGCAGUAAACAGGAUUUUAUUAGCAUUCUCUCGUGGGGAUUAAGAAACCAUAAUCGGAUUAAAUAUUGACAUCCUGUGGAACUAUUUUAGUGUUCGCGAAUACCUUUUCGAUCUUAUACUAAUCCCUUUUAAAUCGACCACUAGAAGAAAUUCCUAGAUUUUUGAAAUCGACAAAUAUCCGCCAAGCGUUGACAAAUGUAUAUCGGUUAUAAAUGAGGAGAAAGAUCGAUUUCGACUAGUUUUCUAGAGGCCUUGACAGAGGUGGCAAGACUCGCGAAGGACCGGCAUUGUGGGAAAUGGGAUAAAUUAUUUUAUGAACACAAUAUUAUCUAGUUUUGGAGUUGGCUUGAAAAUUUAUUUAUUUUAUGAUUUUUUCGAUUUGUGAAUGCCAAAUUAAUGUACAUAUUUUUCGUUUUUAAACAUUACCGCAGUUAACCGCAGUUUUCAUUG